CUCAAGCGACGUGUCGUUUCUUCUUUACACCGCCGGGACUGGUCUUCCAGAUGUGAAGCUGACGGAAAUACUUCUCGCAUGAACGAAUUGAGAAUUUCAGUGUCGUCUCAGGUUUCCAGAUACCACGCAACGGGGUAACAGAGAAUUGCAUAAGGGUACGUGGACGAACGCGAGGGAUUACGCAAUACGUAUAUUUGUUCGAGGCAAAUAGAAGAAUGAUGCGGGCAUCGUCGAUCGAGUUAUUGGUCGUCGGCCUGUCGCUAUUGCGCUUCGUCGAUCCUGUUCACAACAGUAACGUUCAGAGGUCUUCGGUGAGCUAUGACCCGUCUGUUCCUUCUAUUACGCACUCGGAUAUGCAUAAUGUUCGGAAAGUUCGCGAAGGAUACGAUUCCUCGACCAUCGACGAGCAUUUGCCACGCGCGAGCGAAGAGAAGGCUGUUGACGGUUUGGAUUCGUUGAGUUAUCCUGAAAGAAUAUCGAAAGAAACGAUAUUUCUGCCAAUACCCGCUAUACCGAUGGAAUAUCGUAGUUAUCGAAAUCAUGGGUUGAACGAUCGUUCGAAGAAGGAAGAUGAGAUAAAUUCCAAAGAGGAAGAUAAAGAGAGUAGCUCGGUCGAGGGAGAAAUUAUAGAAAAAAUGAAAAUUCUCGAUAAAUUUUUAUCCGAAGAUUCGAAUGCAAAGGAUCUUGAUAUAAAUGGAAUCGAGGAUAAUAUCAUCCCUGAAGAGUCGAAGAGAGUCGUCAGAGAGGUGAAGAAGCAAAAGCCAGGAUUCUUUUGGACUCUGGCAAAACUCACAUUUGAGAUGAUCAACGACACGAAAUCAGCGAUCAAGCAAAUCAGUGAUAUUAUCAACAACAGUAUAGCGCCAGAUUCGGCCACUCAGAGUACGAUGACGAAGGCGGCUUUGACGGUUCCACAAUCGACGAAUAAUGAAACGAACGCGACCAAUCUGAACGCAACAGAAACAACGACAGAGGCGUCUACGACUACCACGCAACCCACCUUGACCAGAGACGAUUUGCAAAAAUUAAUCAGGCGAAACGUGUUGGGCCUCGUUAAACUUUUUAACAUUGAGUGGAAUGACGCUCUGAAUCAAUCGGAAACGAACGUGAAAGAGUUCCAGAAGAAUCUAGGAAACCAGGUGGGCCUUUAUCUUCGUGAUAAUCCAGAGGCAUACAAGGAUUUUUAGAGAACUCUUCUUCACAACAAUCCUUAGUAUUCAUUCUCGUAGCAUGUAGUUAGCAAAGACUGAAACGUAUUAUUUUAAAAAAAUUAUUAUUAUUUAUAAAAUUGUGGUUCUCUAAUCCACAAGAACGUGUAAUUAUUUACCAUUCGAAUUAAAUCAGAGUUGAAAGUGAAUCA